GAAAUCGCGCUCGAGGCCCAGAGCCAGUGACUUCACGUCGACCGCGGCUGCCAGUAUUCACGGUCGGACUACGGGCCAGUCAGCUACGCUCUAUCUCUUCGUGUGACAGAGGCGCGCGAGACAAUUGAAUAAAUAUGGGUGUUCCGGCGGGCGAUCCAGAGAAAGGCAAGAAGCUUUUUAUUCAAAGAUGUGCACAGUGUCAUACUGUCGAAGCGGGUGGCAAACACAAAGUAGGUCCCAAUUUACAUGGACUUAUAGGUAGGAAAACUGGUCAAGCCCCGGGUUUCCUAUACACCGAUGCCAACAAGGCCAAAGGUAUCACUUGGAAUAAGGAUACCCUGUUCGAGUAUCUAGAAAAUCCAAAGAAGUACAUUCCCGGCACGAAAAUGGUGUUCGCCGGAUUGAAAAAGCCGCAGGAGCGGGGCGAUCUUAUAGCUUACCUGGAACAAUCGACGAAGUAGACGUCUCCUCGCGUGCAUGCUGUCGAUCGCGGAAAUCACGACAAACGCGAGCGAGCGAGCGCGCGCAAGAUGCCGCGCGUGGCAUGAGUCGCGAUAUUAGUACGAUUAUCAUCUCAUCACGUCUCGUCAUCUCACUCGUGUUCAUCUAUUGGACUCUCCUCUCGAUGGUACUCAAAAGCGUUCGCAAUACGUGUUCAAAUAGUAAUGAAUUGUUAUUGUAUUGUUGAUAAGUAGGUAAUUGCAAGUAUGUAAAUGACGUGACACAAGGAUCAGGCUAGCCCAGAUCCUGCUUCUUUUUCUUCUUCAUCACACCGAAGAGAUAUUCUUAGGAGCGCUAACGCCCGCCAUGCGAGUGGUUGAGCCACUCUUCCGCGGAUUCCGCGUCCUUGAUUAUUUAUUAUCAUUGUACCAUGCAGCGAGUGUUGAUCUAUAAAUCAAAGAUAAAAUACAGAUUAGGUAAUUAAAAA